UGGUAGUGUAUUAAAAAUACGAGAUAAAAAAAAUGUGCGAAAGUAGUGGGAAGAAAAUACAUAUAUUUACAACCCGGAAUGACAGUUUCAAUUAGCUAAAUUAAUUUAACUUUGUUAAUUUCAAAUUAAUCAACGAAAUUAAUCUAUAAAAGAAUAUUGAAAAAAUAUUGAUAUCAAAAUCAUUUACAUCAAAACAUUGGACCUGCUGUCUAGAAUUGUCAUUGUAGACAUAAAUAUAUAUAUAUAUAAUUUUGUUUCUUUUUUAAAACAUUGUUAAAAUGGAUAUGUCUCGAGAAAUUAUUAAUCUGAUAUUGGCAACUACAUAAAAAAAAAACAUAUUUUUAUCAAGACUAUAUAUGUUGCACAAAAAAGGGUCAAUUCAUGUAAUUUUUAUAUCCAAUAAGAAAACAAUUAAAGCUGCCAAAAGUUUGAUGAAAUGGAUUCAAUACCAAGUAUUGAUAAUAGAAAAAAACACAGAGUCAUUGAUUUACUUCGUCGUAGGGAAAUACAAGAAUCGGAUGCAUCUUUUGUAUCACAAAAAUUACACGUGACUAAUAAUUUUGUAUCACGUUUGGGAUUGGAAGCAGAGUUAAAAGGUCACGAUGGUUGUGUCAAUUGUUUAGAAUGGAACGAGACUGGACAGAUUUUAGCAUCGGCAUCAGAUGAUAUGCACAUUAUUUUAUGGGAUCCAUUUCGUUAUGAAAAAAAAUUGGCAUUAAAUACAGGUCAUAAUGGAAAUAUUUUUUCCGUCAAGUUUAUGCCAAAGUCAAAUGAUUCAGUUCUUGUGUCGGGUGCUGGCGAUAGUAAAAUACGUGUUCACGAUAUUACAUUAGCUGAUACAAUAUUGGCAUGUAAUUGUCAUACGGGACGUGUAAAACGUAUUGCAACCGCUCCAAAUAUUCCUUAUUUAUUUUGGAGUGCCGCCGAAGAUGGAAUUAUUAUGCAGUUCGAUAUGCGUGCACCACACACAUGUAAAUCUCAUGAUGAAAAAAAUGUUCUUGUCAAUCUUGUAAAUCAUAUGGAUUGUCAUAUAGAAGCUAAAUGUAUUGCUGUGAAUCAUAGAAGACCAGAAUUAAUUGCCGUUGGAGCAAAUGAUCCAUUUAUUAGAAUGUACGAUCGAAGAAUGAUAAAACUCGCUGUUAGACCAAUAAUUGAUUUGCCUCAAUCUCCAUUCGAUUGGAUUAAUCCACAACGUAGGCGAGAUCAAUAUGGAGAUGAGGGUGUUGAUCUAACAACUGUGCCUCUUGGAUGUGUACAAUAUUUUAUUGCAGGUCAUUUAAAAUCACGACAAAGAGAACAUGUUCGCAGUUUAUCAACAACAUAUUUAACAUUCAGUAAUGAUGGAAAUGAACUUUUGGUAAAUAUGGGUGGCGAACAAAUUUAUCUUUUUGAUAUUAAUGAACGAAAGAAAGCUCGGACUUUUAUGACGCAAUUAAGACAAAAUUAUUGUUCCGAAUCAAAUGAUCGUGAUGUGGAUAAUGUGGAUAAUUCCGGCGAUGAACAGGAUUCAAUUUUAAUAAACGUCUCUAAUUUACCAGCUGAAAUUGAGGAACUGAAAAAACAAGGAAAUGAAAAUUUCAAAACGGAAAAAUAUACGUUAGCAAUUAAUUUAUAUAAUAUGGCAAUAAGUUUAUGUCCUAAGGCAUCAGAACUUUAUAAUAACAGAGCAGCUGCUUAUAUGAAGAGAAAUUGGGGCGGUGAUAAAUAUGCAGCACUACGAGAUUGUCAAAUGACUUUACGUUUAGAUUCAGAAAAUGUAAAAGCACAUUUUAGAUUGGCCCGUUGUUUAAAUGAUUUACAUAAGUCUUCAGACGCUUCUCUAGUUAUUGAGAAAUUUUUGAAAAAAUUCCCCGAAUAUUGCCAUCAUCAAUCUUUGAAAGCUUUGAAAAAAGAUAUUAAAGAAGCCUUGAAUUCCACGCGAGAAUCAUUUCCAUCACCUCCUGAAGUAUCACCUUCUGAAAAACAAUGGAGACGUGACGCAAAAGAUUAUAAACAAAGAUUUUGUGGACAUUGUAAUACCACAACUGAUAUAAAAGAAGCUAAUUUCUUUGGAAACAAUGGACAGUAUAUUGUGGCUGGAUCGGAUGAUGGAUCAUUUUUUGUAUGGGAUCGAAUCACGACAAAUAUUGUACGCAUUCUUCGUGGUGAUGAGCGAAUUGUAAAUUGUCUUCAACCACAUCCAUCCGUAUGUUUAUUGGCAACAAGUGGUAUUGAAUCUGAUAUAAGAUUAUGGAGCCCCUUACCCGAGGAUGGAAAGAAAAAUGAGAGGGAAAUUCUAAAUUUAGAUGAUGCCGCAUCUGCAAAUCAAGUACGAAUGAAUAGUGAUCCUUUAGAUUUAGUAUUAAGAAAUAUGGGUUAUCGAGUUCUUGGACAAAAUCCUGAUGAAAGUGGCGAGGAUCCAAGGGAAGUGCAUUUCACACGAACUCUAGAUUGUAGACCAAGUUAGAUUUCGUUUGGUCAAUGUACAUUAUAAGAAUUUUCAGAAAAAAAAAACCUCGUAAAAAUAUUGUAAGUUUAUUGAAUUAUAAUUUUUCUUUUUUUAAGUUAA